CUUCAACAUCAGGUGAUAGUCUACACUGUGCGUCGCACUAUAUCGGUUCCUGGUCCUACUUAGGUAGGUAUCAGAUUCAAACUUACAACGGUUAACUCCAUAUCAACUUAUGAACUUUAUGAACUUACAAACUUCAUAAGACUUGGAAGCCAUAUGCCCUUUUUGACAGAGUCGAGAAAAAGCUGUGCGUUGCAUUUGCAGCCGAAGCACUAUCGGAUUUGAGAGCUUGUAAAUCUAGUCAAAUAUUAGAUAUCACAUCACAACUUGGCACGACAUGCAAGCAAGCCACUACAACGGUAUUCAUGCUACACAUAAUAUAUUAAAGCACUAUGAUGGAAGCCGAAGACGAGCCAUAUUACGCGGAUGAAGCUGAUGAGGUCGACGACGCAGAUGACUCGGGAGGUGCACCGAUAUAUGAGGUGCCUCCGAGAGAAAUAAUCGCCAUAGAACAUCCCAGUGUUAUUCUCAACCUUGAUAAGGGACUAGCUACCUUCGGGUCGGAUCCUAACUUCCAGAAGCUUCUCGUGGACUCAGGGGAACCUGCUUCAGUCCCCUUGUGGUUUCGGCCUGACAACCCAGCGUCAAAGCCCAUUUUGUCACAUCAUACAGCCACUAAUAACAUAUUGCUCAAAAUCACCGUUCCCAAGAGGACAGGCAGGAAACGAAAACGAGGGAGCAACGAACCAUUCUCAGGCGAUGUUGAUAUUUCAGAUGGCACAACUGCCACCUCAGGGGUUGACCAAGUCAGCUCACAGGCUCGUCGGGAUUUACCUAAGUCAAUCCUCCGAAAGAUGCAAGACAAUCCUGAAGACUACCAAGUAGAGGCUGUCGGAAAUAUUCACGCCACUCACAGAUAUCGCGGUCUGGCAGAUUUCCAGUUCGCCAACACAAGCCCUUCCUUCUUGACAAAUAUCGCUGAGCAUAUGCUGCCAAUGAAAGUUUCGAAGCUGCGGAAAAUCAAAUUCGCCCCUGGUGUAGCUACGGGUCCUGGUCAGGAGAUAAUACCUCCACCGCACUUCACAGACAGAGUUAUUGGGUUUAACUACAACUAUGAACAGAAUCCAAACACCAAGGUUGAAGGAGACGAGGCAGGGAAGCAGCAGUUAGUCAAUAUCCAAGGCAGAAAGAAACACUCGUAUGGCCACUUCAUCAACAACAACCAAUAUCCCGUACCCGAGAAGCCAAGGCGGGAACCUGCUAUGCAGGUGCCAGAAGGACUCAUGAGCCAACUUCAUGCUUUGAUGGACGAAAGACCCAUCUGGACGCGCCGCGCCAUUCUCAACCGCGUAACAGGAAAUUACUCGGACUCGGUCUUGCGGAUCGCCCUCCAGCUCAUCGGGUACCAGUUCCGAGGCGGACCCUGGCGAGACGCCUUUAUCAAAUACGGCGUGGACCCGCGCCCCGACCCCAGCUUCCGCAUCUACCAGACCCUGGCUUUCAAGCUGGAGCGCAACAUCAUCGGGACGAAGAAGAUACCCUGGGAGGUCGUCCGCAAGGGCCAGGUGAAGAAGCGCGUGUGCGAGAACCGCGACAGCCACCUCUGGAACGGCGAGGACUACUCCACGGACGGCAAGUUCUGGCAGGUAUGCGACAUCACAGACCCCUUCGUGCGCGGGAUCAUCGACAACGCGCCCCUGAGGGAGACGUGCGACCUGAAGGAUUCGGGGUGGUAUCACAAGGGCACGUGGAGCAAGGUCAAAAUGGUGAUGAAGGUUAAGAUGGUGGCUAUUAAGAGGGGCCGCAUGGGAUCCGACAACGACCACCCGCAGAAGCCUGGGUUCCUGUAUAAUUCCUUCCUCGAGGACAGGAUCCGCCCGUUCCCGGACAUCACGGAUAAGCCGCUCGGGCUGACGCUGGAGCCCUUCCUGCGCCCGAUGGAGGAGCUCGAUAUGAAGUUUCAUAAGCGCCGGGCUCCCCCCACGCAGAAGCAGAAGCCUGGGUCUGCUGCGGGGGAUGCUGUGUCUACGCCCGGUGGAGAUGAUACGCUGGAGCCGGAUGAUGCGACAGCCGACGGUGCUGAAAACGACGGCGCGACUCCGAUGAAUUCUUGGGAUGUGGAGGACUUAGAUGGCGAUGAUGAUGCGGAGGGGGACGCGGAUGAGGAAUACGGAUACUACGAUAAUGGCGAUGGUGAGGAAGGAGGUGAAGAGUAUGGCGAAGAUGCUGUCGAGUAACAUUCAUCACGUCGACUAGGGGAUAAUACCGUUAAGAUACCCGAUUUACCUAUUUGCUUACCCCUUAGCCUCUUUUCUUUUUAAUACCUUCUCUGCGACUACUCCUUUGAUAGGUUUCCUAGUAGGUAUCCAGUGAGAUGACCGAUUCUAGUAUGUAACUGGCCUACUUUGGCAUGUAGCAUACAUAGUCACGUCAAAGAAGCUAUCUCGGGCCGUUCCGUAGUACUAAAACAAUGAAUGCAAACCAGUACUACUUAGUGAAAGAUCAAAGCAC